AAGCAGCUCUGUGGUCUUCAUCAGGACCCAGUGUCCCCAGAGAGGACCUGAAGCAGCUCUGUGGUCUUCAUCAGGACCCAGUGUUCCCAGAGAGGACCUGAAGCAGCUCUGUGGUCUUCAUCAGGACCCAGUGUCCCCAGAGAGGACCUGAAGCAGCUCUGUGGUCUUCAUCAGGACCCAGUGUUCCCAGAGAGGACCUGAAGCAGCUCUGUGGUCUUCAUCAGGACCCAUUGUUCCCAGAGAGGACCUGAAGCAGCUCUGUGGUCUUCUCAGUGUUUCCAGCUUAAAAGCAGAGACCCAGCCGGAGAAGGAGAACUGAGAGCAGCAUGGAGGAGAACAAAGAGACCCCUGGAGCUCAGAAACCGAAAGGAAGAGAGAGACGUCACAGCUGUCAGCAAUGUGACAAAUCCUUCACAACAUCUGGAAAUUUAAAGACCCACCUGCAUAUUCACAUGGGAGAAAAACCGUACUGGUGUGAAGAAUGUGGGAAAACGUUCACUACAUCAAGUUCUCUCAAAACACAUCAACGUAUUCAUACUGGAGAAAAACCAUACAGCUGUGAAGAGUGUGGGAAAACUUUCACUACAUCAGGUUAUCUCAAAACACAUCAACAUAUUCAUACUGGAGAAAAACCAUACAGCUGUGAAGACUGUGGAGCAACUUUCACUCAAUCAGGUGGUCUCACAUCACAUCAAUGUAUUCAUACUGGUAAAAAACCGUACAGCUGUGAAGAGUGUGGAGCAACUUUCACUCAAUCAGGUAAUCUCAAAAGACAUCACCGUAUUCACAUUGGAGAAAAACCGUACUGCUGUGAAGAGUGUGGGAAAACGUUCACUAGAUCAAGUCAUCUCAAAUCACAUCACCGUAUUCAUACUGGAGAAAAACCGUACAGCUGUGAAGAGUGUGGGAAAACGUUCACUACAUCAGAUGCUCUUGCAUCACAUCACCGUAUUCAUACUGGAGAAAAACCGUACUGGUGUGAAGAGUGUGGGACAACUUUCACUCAAUCAGGUGCUCUCAUAACACAUCAACGUAUUCACACUGGAGAAAAACCGUACAGCUGUGAAGAGUGUGGGAAAACGUUCACUACAUCAGGUAAUCUCGAAAAACAUCACCGUAUUCACACUGGAGAAAAACCGUACUGGUGUGAAGAGUGUGGAAAAACGUUCACUACAUCAACUCAUCUCAAAUCACAUCUUCGUGUUCACACAUUCUUAAAAUCAUAGUGGUGUUAAGAAUGUGGGAAAACUUUUUCUUAAAGUAUUCACCUUAAAAUCCAUGAGCGAGUUUCACUGUUCAUUAAUCUGCAGAGUAGUUUCUCUGCAGAUUGUUGUUUAAUAAAAUGUUGUGACUUUAAA